AUGCUAGAGCAAGCAAGCCAGCAGCCAUUACCUCAAUAUGAUUCAUAUACAACAGGAGCCCAGACAGGGCAGGAAAUGCAAGCAGUAUCAAGUGAACUAUGCCCACCUGCUGUUCUAGCCCAGACCCAGCCAAUGAGAGAGCUGCCACCAUACACGAGCGGCGCAGGUGAUGAUGCAUCGACGGCAUUGCUCGAACCUGCUUUCUUAAAUGCGGCCAAUGACUCGCGAUUAUUUCCCUUCAGCUAUCUCGACAACGUCUCUCUGCCCCCGAUUUUUGACCAGGCUGUCCUAUACCCCGGAGUCUCAUUUAAUGACUCUUUUGUUUCUCCCGUGUUCAGCACUGAUCUCACCCAAGUUGACCAGUUUGGCGUUCAAGUUGGCGGCGACCCGACCGCAGGACCCUCAGGCGGGAUUUUACAUGGCCAGGCUCCGUUCCUGUCCGCCCCUGAGCCCGACCGUCCCCAUAUAAACACUAAGUCUUUUCUGCGAGUAUCCCAGGAUGACUGGCUAUGGCUCUCUGCGCGAGUUUUCAGUUUCCAUGCAGUUCUACCUACAGAUGUCACCAUACCUUCUCGACAUGCUAUUUCACGAUACAUGCAUGGAUUUAUGACUGGAUUCCAUCCGCACUUCCCGAUCAUUCAUCUCCAAACUCUCCAAUUCAGAAAAAUGGCACCGGAACUUAUUUUGGCCCUGGCCGCAGUCGGAAGCCAAUAUUGCUUGGAAGCACAUCAGGGGCUUAAACUAUUUCCCUAUUGCGAAAGCUAUCGCGAUGGAGCAAUUGCGACAACGCGAAGCCGAGAAAGACGAAAUCAACCAUAUUUCUCCUUCAUCGUGGACACUCGUCCAAUCUCCUAA